AUGGGGCUUUCAGACUUGGGCUUAUGCAUAUCAAGGUCACUUCUUUUCAAUAUUUGUAUCUAUGUAACAGUUACAUGUUGCAUCAGCUUGACCAGGCUUGCAAGCAUGCCUACCACUGCAGCCACCAGGCUUGUAGGGAAUGAGACAGAUCGACUUGCACUGUUGGCCUUCAAGGCCAAAAUAACCAAUGACCCUCUUCAGGUUAUGAGUUCAUGGAAUGGUUCCAUUCACUUCUGCCAGUGGCACGGUGUCACGUGUGGUCGCCGACACAAAAGGGUCACUGAAUUAGACCUAAGGUCUCAGAAAUUGUUUGGAUCCAUAUCCCCGUAUAUUGGAAAUCUAAGUUUUCUUAGACUACUAUAUCUCCACAACAAUAGCUUUGGAAAAGAAAUCCCCCCAGAGCUUGGUCGUUUAUGGAGACUGCAAGUUUUAGGCCUCAACAAUAACUCAAUAAGUGGCAAAAUUCCUGCCAGUUUAUCUGCUUGCUCUAACCUUCAUUCCUUAGUUUUGGAAUUCAACAACCUAGUAGGGCCAAUUCCUGUGGAAUUGGGCUCCUUGUCAAAGCUCCGUGUUGUUUAUGUUGCGAAAAAUAACCUAACAGGAAAUUUACCUCAUUCUCUCAUGAACUUGUCAUAUCUAGAGCUACUUUCUGCAAACGAUAAUAAUAUUGGCGGGAGUGUCCCUGACGCACUUGGUCAACUUAAAAAGCUAACCAUGAUUGAACUUGGAAUCAAUAGGCUUUCUGGCACCAUCCCUCCUUCAAUCUUCAAUCUCUCUUCUCUGACAAGUUUGGAUCUGAGGCAAAAUAACAUCACAGGCAGUUUUCCCUCGGAUAUAGGCAUCACUCUUCCUAAUAUUCAAUAUUUUAAUGUUUACACUAACCAAUUUACUGGAUCAAUUCCUACCACAAUAUCCAAUGCAUCGAAUCUGGUAUCGUUAUUUUUCAGUGCAAAUAAUCUUACUGGAAAGGUACCUACAAUGGAGAGACUGCAUAAGCUGACUCGUUUAAAAUUAGUCAGCAAUCAUCUUGGGAGUGGGGGAAUUGAAGACUUCAACUUUUUGUCCUCUUUGGUCAAUGCCACCAAUUUAAAUAUGUUGACUUUGAACGACAACAAUUUUGGAGGAAUGCUUCCCAAAUCCAUCAGCAACUUCUCAACAAAGCUUGAAUUCUUCCACGUGGCCAAUAAUCAGUUAUUUGGGAGUAUCCCGGAUGGGAUUGGGAAUCUAAUCAGCUUGACUUGGCUAAAUUUCUGGGGCAACAUGUUCACAGGAAACAUUCCCACUGAAAUUGGAAUGCUUCGAAAGCUAAACAAAUUUGACAUGUCAGAUAACAAUUUCUCUGGAUGCAUUCCAUCCUCUUUGGGAAAUUUAAGUAUGUUAAACCUCUUGGAUUUUGGAAGCAAUAAUCUUAAUGGCAACAUCCCUCCAAGUCUUGGGAAAUGUCAAAAUUUGUUAGUACUUGAUCUUUCUAAUAACAAUCUCAGUGGUACCAUACCCUCAGAAGUUGUCAGUCUCUCCUCCUUAUCCAUCGUUCUCGAUUUGUCUCAAAACCGUUUCACUGGUUCACUUCCCAUAGAAAUUGGAAAUUUGAAAAAUUUAGGUGAAUUGUAUGUUUCGGAGAACAUGCUGUCCAGUGAAAUUCCAAGCACUAUUGGUAGCUGUGUGAGAUUAGAGGGAUUAUAUAUGGCAGGUAACUUCUUACAAGGGAGCAUUCCAUCAUCUUUGAGCUCUCUGAGAGGUCUUCAAUGUUUAGAUCUUUCUCGCAACAAUUUGUCAGGGAUGGUACCAAUAAAAGGUGUCUUUGCAAAUGCAACUGCAGUUUCAGUCACUAGAAACAGUAAGCUCUGUGGAGGUAUACCUGAAUUACGGCGGCCUCCAUGUAACUUCAAAGGAUCCAAAAAGAGGGGAAUAACUCUCACAUUAAAAAUUAUAAUUCUCGUCGCGUCAGGGCUUCUUGGAUUAACAUUACUGUUGUGCAUUCUAUUUCUUUGCUGGUGUAAAAAAAAGAGAGUAACGCCUUCUUCAGGAAAUUUAGGAAGUUUUUUUUUGAAAGUGUCCUACCAAAGUUUACAUAGAGCUACGAAUGGUUUCAGCCACUCCAAUUUGGUAGGGAUGGGUAGUUUUGGGUCUGUAUAUGAAGGAAUUCUUGAUCAGGAAGGGAAAAAGGUUGCAGUGAAGGUACUUAAUCUUUUCAAGCCAGGAGCUUCCAAGAGUUUCAUCACCGAGUGUGAGGCGUUGAGGAACAUAAGGCAUCGGAAUCUUGUCAAGGUAAUCACCGCAUGUUCAAGUGUUGAUCACCAAAAUAAUGACUUCAAAGCUCUGAUUUAUGAGUUCAUGGUCAACGGAAGCCUAGAUGAUUGGUUGCAUCCAAAUCGAGAAGAACUUGAGCCAUACGAGGAACCAAAAAAAUUAAGUCUUGUUCAGAGAUUGAAUAUUGCCAUGGAUGUUGCUUGUGCACUGGAUUAUCUCCACCACCGUUGCGAAACUACAAUAAUUCAUUGUGAUCUGAAGCCAAGCAAUGUUCUUUUGGAUGAUGACAUGAUUGCACAUGUAGGUGACUUUGGGAUAUCAAGAUUUGUUCUUGAUGCUAACGAUAACGAUAGUGGAAACCAAACCAGUUCUGUUGGAAUCAGAGGAUCUGUUGGUUAUAUGCCACCAGAGUAUGGUAUGGGAAGUGAGGCGUCAACAUCCGGUGAUGUGUACAGCUAUGGCAUUCUCUUAUUGGAGAUGUUUACUGGAAAAAGGCCGACUGAUGAAAUGUUUAGUGAUGGUUUGGAACUUCACAACUUUGCCAAGGCAACUGUUAUAAUUGCAAAUUCAGUACUUCUUCAACAAAGAGAAGAGAGGGAGGCAAGCAUGAGCACCAACAACACUCUCAAUCAAAACCGUGAUAGCAGUUAUAAGAUUCAGGAGUGCUUAACUUCGGUAUUUAAAAUUGGAAUUGCAUGUUCAGAAGAGUCACCAACUGAACGAUUGGAUAUUAUUGACGUAGUAACCAAGUUGCAGAUCACCAGGAACAAUCUUCUUGUUGAUCAUACCACGCUGUUCUUCUCUGGGUGCUUGAGGCCUGUUAAGAUUGAAGGAGUUGGUUGA